AGUCGUUCUUUGGGCGGUGGUGAGGACAGACGUGCCGUGCCGCCCUUCGUCCCUCGCGCGCUCCCUGCCUGCUCUCCCCCCACCCCCCCACGGGACGCCUGCCUGCCUACCUGUUGAGUGUUUCAGAAGCUGGACGAAGAGUGAGAGAGAGAGAGAGGGAGAGAGAGAAAGAGAGAGAAGAGAGCGAACGAGCCGGAGGAAUCGAGAGAAAGAGAGAAAGAAAACGAGGUAACGAGAACGAGUGUGUGAGAAACCAGAAAAAAAACAGGAAAAAAGCAGGAAAAAAGCAGAGAGGGGGAAAGCAGGUGGGCGUACUGGUUGGAGAGAGAAAGAGAGAGAGAAAAAAAGUGCCGGGUGGUGAGGCGGGCGGGACAGGUGCGUUCGGGCAGGUAACAGGUGUGUCAUGAGCCAGUGAGAGUGAGUCGCCCAGUCAGUCAGUCAGUCAGUCAAUCCGUCAGUAAGUCCGUCAGUGCGUCAACCAGCCAUGAGUGGAACCUCGGCUGCCAGUGAGCAGAUCCAGCAGGCAGCAGCAGGCGGCGCAGCAGGAGGCGCGGUAGCAGCAGCAGCAGCAGCAGUAGGAGCAGCAGGGAAUGGAGGCCCUGCUGGAGGAAGCGCCGCAGCAGGAGGAGGAGCAGGAGGAGGCGCAGCAGGGGGAGCAUCAGCCGCCUCCACAGCCAACGCCGUGUCCCUCUCCGCCGCAGCACUCGCGCAGGAGGGCUCGGACGGGCUGGGGGCGCUGAAGGGGAGCAGUCCGGGCGGCUCCCCCUACCGUGGCUCCCCUAGAGGCGGCCCCACCCUCACGCGCUCGCAAACCCUCGGCCCCGGCGCUAGCUCCGGCCUGGACGAGAAGCGGGAACGUCCGUCGGGCCUCGGCAGAGUGUUCAACCCGCCCAAGCUUGAGAGGUGAGUGUGGGGGGUG